AUGUCAUCAACCAAUUCAUUAAUAAUAGGAUGGCGUUUAAAAGGUCGCCACGUACUUAUUAUAGGCGGGAAUCAUAUCAUUGCAAACAGAAUAGAAUUUAUUUUAGACACCAAACCUGAAAAAAUCACCUUGAUCUCUCCCAAGCAAAAGAUCACUUCUAAUAAAGUAACCAGCUAUAUUAAUAAUGAUUUGGUUAUAUAUAAAAAUAAAGAGUUUCAUGUAGAUGAUUUGACCACUGAAAAGAUUGAUUUGAUAUUAGCAUCUAUUGAUAAUGAUUUAAAAUUAUCUGAAAAAAUAGCUGCAACUGCUCGUGAACAAAAAAUACCAAUUAAU